AUUACUUUAUUUGCCAAAACCCCAUAUUAUAUAUGCUUAGACAUAUAAUUAAUUUUAAAUGGCAUCUCAACAAAAUAAAAUUAAAUCAUACUUUUAGUACCAUAUAUGCUCUCUCAUCUGGUUGGGGAAAAUGUGGAGUUAGUAUCAUUCGAGUUUCAGGUCCUAAUAGCAGUGAAAUUAUUAUAUCUUUAACUAAAAAUCCUAAUCUGCCUAUACCCAAAAAAGCAAAAUUGAGUAAAAUAUUUUGUCCCAUUUCAUCAGAACUUUUAGAUACCUGUUUAAUUCUAUGGUUUCCAGGACCUAAAAGUUUUACUGGAGAAGAUUGUUGCGAAUUUCAUAUUCAUGGAAGCUCUGCUGUUCAAAAAGCAGUUUUUAAAUCCCUAGAAUCUAUGGAAGGUGUUGGAAUCGCACAACCUGGGGAAUUUAUCAAAAGGGCCUUUUAUAAUGGCAAAAUGGAUUUGAUCGAAGUUGAAGGUUUGGCCGAUUUGAUUAAAUCUGAGACCGAACAACAAAGAAGGGCUGCUUUGAGGAUAGUAGGGGGUGAAUUGAAAUCUCUCUACCAUUGUUGGAGAAAUAUUUUAAUCAAGAACCAAGCUGAUAUAGAAAUGCUUAUCGAUUUUAGCGAAGAACAUCAUAUAGAAAUCCUUGUAGAAAAAAAAAUACUAACGGAAAUAAAUAAUCUCCAUGUAGCUAUAAACUCAUUUUUAAAAAAUUCAAUGUUUCGGGGAGAGAGAUUAGCCAAUGGUUUUAGGAUCACACUAGUAGGCUCACCUAACGUCGGUAAAAGCACACUAUUCAACAUUCUCUGUCAAUCCAAUGGCGCAAUCGUAUCCCCCAUUCCUGGUACUACGAGAGACGUUUUAAAUGUAUCUAAAGACCUGGGAGGGUACCCCGUCAUUUAUGCCGAUACUGCUGGUAUUAGGAAAUUUUUGGGUGGUGAAAAAAGGACCAUCGACGAAUCGACUAUCCACUUGAUUGAGGAAGAAGGCAUAAUAAGAGCCAAGGAUACCAUAUCUCAGUCGGAUAUACUUCUAGUCAUGCUAGAGGCCCCCAAAAUAUCUUUUUCGAAAAAAUCUAGAGAUACACUUUCAAUCAUUAAAUAUUGGCAAGAUACCGUGGAAAAGUAUGUCAGAAAUGAAUUAACGCUCGAUUACUCUUUGUUCCACAAGGGGGGAAGUUUGAAAGUGAAAAAUGCCAAUACCGAAAUAAAUUUAGACAAACAUACGAAUAUCGAGAAGCGAAUCCUCUUCAUUGUUAAUAAAUGCGAUUUAUUAGUCAAUCAUGUUAACGAAAUUUACGAGGAUUUUGAUUAUGUAUCAAAUAUUUUCGAAAAUUUAAUCUUCACUUCAUGCAAAAACAAGAAAGGUGUGCAACGAUUGAUCAAAUAUAUGAUAGACAUCCUGGUUGAAAUGUGCGGCGAUUCAUCUAAAGGUGACCCCUUUGUCCACUCCCAAAGGCAAAGAAAUAGUUUAGCCGUUUGCGACAAAUACCUAAAGAAUUUUCUCGAAACCGAAUUCAUCGAACACAAUUACGUUUAUUUAGCUCGAACUUUGCAAAGAGCUUCUAGAAAUUUGUCCUUAUUAGCUGGGGAUGCUCAAGGUGGUGUGAUUACCACUGAAGACGUGCUUGAUAUAGUUUUCAAGGAUUUUUGCGUUGGGAAAUGACUUUUUAUUAUUAUUUUCCUCUUAAUCAAACAUUAAAUUGUAAAAAAAUAAAGUAGCUAGUUUUGUAUAGAUAAUAA